UAUAUAAUUAUUCAUGAUAUAGUGGUUGAUAUGGAAAGUUAAACUUUUUCAGAAGUGGCUUCAACAACAUGGUCCUUUUGAUGCAGUUGUAGAUGGUGCCAAUGUAGGCCUUGUCAGCACGCAUAAUUUCAGCUUUUUGCAGCUUAACACUGUUGUACAGCAAUUGCAACAAAUGAGUCCCUCAAAAAGAUUGCCACUUGUAAUCUUGCAUAUAAGUCGGGUUACUAGUGGUCCUGCUCGGAAGCCACAUAACAAGAAACUCUUAGAAUAUUGGAAGAAAAAUGACGCUCUUUACGCUACACCUCAAGGUUCCAAUGAUGACUGGUACUGGCUAUAUGCAGCUGUUAGCUGUAAAAGCUUGUUGGUGACAAAUGAUGAGAUGAGAGAUCACUUGUUCCAACUAUUAGGUUCUAGUUUUUUUCCAAGAUGGAAGGAAAAGCAUCAGGUUAGGCUGUCAACCUCAAAUAAUGGGCCUUCCCUCAUCAUGCCUCCACCAUAUUCAACAGUUAUUCAGGAAUCAGCCAAUGGUAGUUGGCAUGUGCCAAGAGUGAGUGAUGAUGAUUAUGGAACCCCAAGGCAGUGGUUGUGUGCAACCAGAUCCACAAAUAUAUCAUCAGUACAUCAAUUGUUUACUUCUCCCUCCGCAUCUAUGGCUGCUUAGGGAUAUGAGCUUGAGGUCUUUCAAUUUUGGUUCCAGGAAUGUGGAUUUUAUGUUAUUCAUUAUUAUUAUUAUAUUUCGGUAAGAACAAAAUG